GGGCGAAUUCUAACCAACAAAAAAUGUCGUGAAACUUUGAAAGUAAAAUAUUUAAAGUAGGUGAUUAUUUCCCUACUUGUUUGAUGUAAUUACUGUAAAUAUUGCGUUCUAACUUAAGUUAAAUUUGUUCUUAGUCUUAGUAUGAAUUGAAAGCGUCAUGGUGCUGUUCAAGACAGUGGCGAUUAUAGUGCCGAAUAACGGUCUAAUCGCUGGAGGAAUCAAAAUUUUCUCUGCUCUACGUUUAUUGCUCGGUAGUUUAAAGUCCAUGGGAUACGAUAUAAAGAAAGUCGCGUUCGUUAAAGAAGAGGACUCAGUUCUAGCUCAGGAAUUAACGAUUUUGACUAAACUGUACGAUUUAGCUAUCAUUGUAGCCAAACCGAAACCAGACUAUGUUAGUAAAGCUUUAGCCUCCAUGACGAUGCAAGAAAUUGAGUAUUCCCUAUCGGAAAGUGAGCUGAAAUGGCCAAAAUCCGUUAAAAUACUUCAGUCAGAUCACAGUAAUACACCAGGUGUUAUAUAUUUUCAGAGAAUAUUUGUAUUACAACUAGGAGCAAUCAAGGAACAAGUACAACAUAUUUUAACCAACCACUUACAGCACUAUCGUAAAGAAAAUACGUAUUCAAAGAGUUUUUAUAUUCAUAAAAACGGAGCAAGAAGUCACAUACAAUCAUUACAAGUAGAAAAUGUAGAUAUACAAUACGACGAGGCAACCGAUUGUGAUGUAAUAACGUUAAAUUCAGGUGAUUUUGAAAAAAUUGUUAAUGCAGAAGUUUUACUUAGACAAGAAAUAAGUACAACCAUAUUAAAUAGUCACUGGAGGAAUGAAAUGAAAGAUUUGAUAUACCAGAGUGACGAUAACCAUAUUAAAUUAUCUAUUGAAGUUAUAGAGAAAUGUCUGGAUAAGUACGGGCUGGAGAACGUAUUUUUAAGUUUCAACGGGGGCAAAGAUUGCACAGUAUUGCUUCAUUUAAUUAAAACGAUCAUAGAAAAGAGAUAUCCCGAAAAAUGGAGUGAUGUGAAGGUAUGUUGCUUAUAUGUAAGAAGCGAGAACGCCUUUAAGGAUCAAGACGAUUUUAUCGAACAAUGUAGAGUCUUCUUCAAUUUAGAGGUUAUAACAGUUAAUGCGAACAUAAAAGAUGCUUUGCAGAGUAUACUUGACCAAAAACCACAUUUUAAAGCCGUUUUUAUGGGCACGCGACGAACAGAUCCUUAUUCGAACCACUUAAACGUGACGCAAGUAACGGAUCCAGGAUGGCCCCAAGUAAUGCGUUGUAAUCCGUUGCUCGACUGGAACUAUUCGGAUAUAUGGGAUUAUCUGCUCUAUUACAAGGUUCCUUAUUGUAAACUUUACGAUUACGGAUACACGUCUUUGGGUGACAAAUUGAACACCGUCCGUAAUCCGAUUUUACAGUACGAUGAAGGCAGCAAAGAUAUUUAUUUACCCGCGUAUAAAAUGAUGAUAGACAAAAGCGAGAGAAGUGGCAGAAAUGUUAGUAAAAUUUAGACAUAGAUUCUUUACAUCGCAUCGUUACUUACAUAUACAGUGGGGUAUCUGUUAUAUACAAAGUUGAUCAUAUCUCUCACUUGUCUAAAAAAAUAACAGACCAUUAUAAACUUUUAAUAUUCACAAUAAAACUUGCCCCAAAGACGAUUCAUUGCCCAUUUAAAUUACAUGGGAAUUUGCCACUUUUUGUAAAUAUUUUUUUUUCUGUCGAUCUUGUUCUCUCGCAGCCAUGACAAUCACAUAUUCUUGAACAGAAUUGAACGCUCUACAAAAAAGGUAUCUUACGAUUUUUCGAUAAAUCUACUCCUUCAAAAGUUAUUCACGGUUAAAGUUAACCAACCACUCUGUAAAUUCCUAAAUUUUUCAACUUUUUUGACAAAAUUAUGAUUAUUUUUGAAAAAUUUAAUCUAUUACUGUAAAAAUAUACAAUUCCGAUGGUGUUAAGGUUGGGAAUUAAGAAAUCUUCAAGUCUAAUGAAGUUUAAACCAUUUAUAUAAGUAUAGCUGAUUUAUUUUAAUAAACAUUCUUUAGUUGGAUUUUGAUAUUUUUUUUUGUAUGUUGGCAAGAAUGUUGAGGAAAAUAGCAGAAAUUUAUUGAACUUACUUUAAAUUUAUUACUUAAUUAUUUGACAAAAUUAUUCAAAAAUAAUCUUAGUU